GAAAUGUAAUGCAUGGUGCAACAAACAGAGGCAUUACCCAGUUCAGAGCCCUUUGUGAUCCCAACGGUAGCACGCCGUGUUGUUUUGAAAACAAAUGUGUAUUCAAGGCCAUCGAGCAAUGCAGAUGUAAGAACUGUUACGAUCUGCGGCAGAAAUUGCACGCAGAGUUAUAUACAUGGAUUCCGGCCGAGCCAACAUGUAAGAUUACCAUGUUUGCUGGAGAAGAGGAUUCCUGCAAAGUUAUGAAGGAUAUGACGAUUUAUUUCAUAGGAGACUCCUUUAUACGGCAGCUUUUCAUCGCCGUACUCAGUUUAUUGCGAAAAAAUAAGCCGUACGGUCCAUUGAUCAACGGAACACCUGCAG